GCGGCUCCCGAUGGCUCGUCCGCGGCCCCGAGAAUACAAGGCUGGAGACCUGGUGUUCGCGAAAAUGAAGGGGUACCCGCACUGGCCGGCCCGGAUUGAUGAACUCCCUGAAGGAGCUGUGAAGCCUCCAGCAAAUAAAUACCCCAUCUUCUUUUUCGGGACUCAUGAAACUGCAUUCCUGGGGCCCAAAGACCUUUUCCCAUAUAAAGAAUAUAAAGAUAAGUUUGGGAAGUCGAACAAGCGAAAAGGAUUUAAUGAAGGCCUGUGGGAAAUAGAAAACAACCCUGGAGUAAAGUUUACUGGAUAUCAGGCAAUUCAACAACAGAGCUCAUCAGAAACUGAGGGAGAAGGAGGAAAUACAGCAGAUGCCAGCAGUGAGGAGGAAGGUGAUCGGGUAGAAGAGGAUGGAAAAGGAAAAAGAAAGAAUGAAAAAGCAGGCUCAAAACGGAAAAAAUCCUACACUUCAAAGAAAUCCUCCAAGCAGUCACGGAAAUCUCCUGGAGACGAAGAUGAUAAGGACUGCAAAGAGGAAGAAAAUAAGAGCAGCUCUGAUCCUGGGGACGCAGGCAAUGACACAAGAAACACUUCUUCAGAUUUGCAGAAAACCAGUGAAGGGACUUAACCAACAUAAUCACUGCUGAAUAUUAAGGGAAAACACAAGAAGGUUACGUUUGGUUGUCUAAUAUUCUUGGAUUUGAUAUGAGUCACCACAUCUGUUCAUUAGUAUCAUCAACAGCAUCCCAGUUCGUAUACACAUUAUUCACAUUCCUAUCUGUUGUGUUUGCAGAAAUGACAUUUUACCCUUUUUUCUAAGGGUUACUUUUUGAUUUUCAUAUUAUUUGGUUGCAUGAAGUUGCCCUUUACCAGUGGCUGAGGUUUAUGAAGAUACCGCGUACUUGGACAUGUUUUAGAUUCCUUUUCUAGAUAGAAAAGGUGUAACUCCAAAUUAUAUCAUUCUAAAUCAGCUUUUUUUAAAAAACAAGUAAAUCUUAGAAAUUAGUCCCCUCCAUACGAGACUACAACAAUAUCUUCCACCCACAAAUGUAAUUUUGAAUUUCCCUAUAUCCAUAUUCUGUUGAUUUUUGAUCAGUUUACAACAUAAAAGAAAAAUUCUUCUUCAGUUGAGAUCACCGCCAAGUUCAAUAAUGUAAUAAAAUACCUUUCCUUAUUAGAAGUACCUAGCUAGUUAUACUCUUAAUACUUCUCAAAAUCAUGAUGUAAUGUACACUAUCUGACUUAGUUCCUAUAUGUGGAGUUAGUGAAAGUCUUUUUGUGUUUCUUUAGAUUAAUACAAGGAUUUUUUCCAAUGCCAACAAAAUUUGAAAUCAUUCAUUUGGAUGCUUUCCAUUUUUAAGCUUACUGUGAUAUAGAACCCUAUGGGAAACCAAAAGAAAACAUCAAUUUUAAAUAAUGAAAGGCUUAAAAAAGGAUGCUGUCAUUCUGGCUUUUUUUUCCUUUUGGAAAUAGAACUAGACUAGUAAGUAAGCAUUCCAAAUCCAUUAUUCUGUGUACAUUAUUGUUGCUAUUGUGAUAAUAGAGAUUUUUAUUUAUUUUUAUGCCAGCUUUUAUUGUGAAAACAUAUUUAGUCUGGUUUUAUCAAUCCUUGUUAUGCUUGUCCUUGGAACAUCUUUUGCGUAUUCAAGGUUUGUAGUUGACGAGUUUACUGUAAAAAACUAAAAAAAAACCGAAACAAAAAAACAAAAAACCAAACAAAAAGAAAACAAAAAAAAUGUAUUGUUUUUACAGAAUAAAUUUAUUGGAAUGUGUAUUGGGAGUAAGGUUUGAGGUUGUAAGCAACUAAGUUAGCGUCAUAUUUGGCUUCAUACGUGUAAUAAUGUGAGGUAUUAAUGUAAGUCAAGUAUUAAAGCAAAACAUUCUGUUAACAUGAGUUGACCAUAAUAGAUACAAGUGCAGGUGAGAUCUUUAUUUUUUCUGUACUUUGCCUUUUCUGGAUAAUAGGAGGUUAUUAAAUUCACCUUGAAUGUAUUCAAAGUUUCUUUUAAAACAUUAGCAGUAACAUCAGAGGCUCAAAAACCUGUUUGGGAGCCAGCACGUCCUAUUACAGCCCAACAGCUCUGGGUUGGUUUUCUUGGGAGGAUGUACUGGGAUGGAGCCAUCCCGAAUUCUAGCAUACAUGGAAGCAGCCCACACCAGGGAGGCUGGGUGCUGGAGAAAUUAUGGCUAAGUUCCUUUUUGCCAAGAAGCAUUGACUGAGAUGCGUUGUGGUUAUUUUGGGCCGGCCCCUUUGGCUGGAGGUAUAAAACCGUGGGUUCUCUCUUCUGAGCACUGCUGUGAACUACACCUCAGCGUUCAACGGGAGAGUAUUAAAGCAUGAAUUUCUUGCUGCUCUGAAAGUCCCUUUGUGCAGGGUGCAACACGCAUGCGCAUGAGCUGAUGCUUUCUUGUUACUGAUUAGGUUUAAAAAGAAAAUUCUCAAAACAGCCAAAAGUCAACAUCCCAAAAUAAAAUGUUUCCAGUUAAAAUGUAUCAGCUAAUUUCAUCUGUGAGAAAGGCACUAAAUGUACUGCUUUUAGUAUAAAUACACAUAGAAGUCACAGAAGUAGUUGUAAUUGCAAACAGAAGCAUAAACUACAGAAACCAAGGUCGCUGUAUGUGCUGCUACUUCUUUAUGACCCAACAGCAUUAGCAAAAGUAGCUGUAGAGAAGAACAUGGCCGAAAACCCCUCGUCUCUGAAAAUGCACGCUACAGUGCAAGGCCAGAUUGUUCAAGGUAAUGAGCCCUCCAUGCCCAGCUCAGAAGUGCUAGUAAGCACGUGCUUAACUUCAAGCAGAUGAGCAGUCCUUGCAGAAGUAAAUCCUUAAAAGAAUUAACAAAAUUCUAUGAUUUGCUUAUCAUAUAUGGAGUCUUACCGUAA